AACUGCCCAAUUUCAACUGGAUGAACGGCAUCGACAUCGAAUCUCUUGAUUCAUUGACCAAACCUUAAAAGCAACAUUUCAGUUUUGUAUAUCGUUCGUAACGGUCUAUUCCGUCUAAAAGUGCUCACUCACCAAAUAUUAAAUCCAACGAAUAAAUUUAUCUGUUGUUGCCACUGAAUUCAUUUACAACGGAUCCGACUGCAAGGCGGAAUAUUUGUUUUUCACUGAAAUCGCCUUUUAAAAUACGAAUUUAUUUAUUUGUCAUUUCAAAGAAUUUUAAAACGCAAGUGUUAGCAUUGACGAAUCAAUAUUUGUGCAUCGAAUAAGAAUUAACAUUCAAGUGUGACAACACAAACGGUGCUUUUGUUCACAGAAGGAGGAUUUUUUUUUUAUUUCAUCAUCUUGCAUAUAAGUCGUGCCACUUUAAAUACCAUAAUUCAGUGCCGACGAAUAAGUGCGACAUAUUCAAGCGCAAUUCAAUUUGUGAUAUAAAAUAAAAAUAAGAAUAAAUCCAUUAGCCAGUUUCGUAGCGAAACAAUUAAUAGGGCAGAUUACUUCGACUAUUGUUCACAAGAAACAGAGUUCAAUUAACAAAAUGAUCAGCACCAAGAGUUCAGUUUUAUAUUUAGCUGCUUUGCAUAUGGUCGUAUAUGGAACAUAUGGCAAAGUAUUAGAAAUAGUCAAUAGUAAACCACAACUUAAAGAAAGACCUGAUUGGUUGCGGCAGUGUAGUAAGUCCAAUCCAAAUGAAGAUGAUUGCUUUCGGAAAAUGUUUGAAGGGAUGUUUCCAAUGUUAGCAGAAGGAAUCCCGGAAUUGGGCAUCGAGCAUUUUGAGCCUUUGAUUUUGAACUCGGUACACGUUUCCCGUGGUAGUGGCAGUUUAACUUUAACUGGUGGCUUCAAGAAUUUAAUCGUUAAAGGACCAUCGAAUACUACAGUUGCCCGAGCAAGUCUGGAUUUGGAGAAAAAAUAUUUGAAUUUCGACUUGGUAAUACCAAAGCUUCGCAUUGAUGCUACAUACAAUCUAAAAGGCAACAUUCUUCUUUUACCGAUUGUUGGCUCCGGAAAUGUGGCGAUGUCAAUGAAAGAUGUGAAGAGUUCUGUCUAUACAAAAAUCAGUAUCCGAAAACAACCGGAGGAAGUGAUUCAUAUCGAUGAGAUGAAGGUGACAUUUUUGGUCGGCCAAAUGCGAAUUCAUUUAGAGAAUUUGUUUAAUGGUAACAAAGUGUUGGGAGCCUCAUUAAAUAUGUUCCUCAAUCAAAAUGCCAAAGAAGUCAUCACCGAAUUGAGAUCGGACUUGGAACGUGGCCUCGCCAAUAUUUUCACUGGACUCUGGAACAAUGUAUUUUCUAAACUACCAAAUAAAUUGUGGCUAGUAUAAAAAAAUAACAUUCAAAGAUCACAAGCAACCAAAUCACUUACCGAAAGUGUAGCGAUUAAACAAAGUUUACAUAAUUUAUUCCUUAAUCCUCUAAAGAAAAUGUGCAUCGAAAUUGAUAUCGUUCAUUUUGUUUGCAAUUGUUUGUUUUUGCCCUUUGUUAAUAAUAAUCAAACAGUCGUCCCGACCCAAUGUUUAGCUUAGACUAGAAAAUUAAAUACGACUCUUCUGAUUUACCAUGUUUCUUAUUGUUAUUUACCGUGUAUUUUGUUUUGGUUAUUUUAUCGUAUUUAUCAAAUCAGAAUGAAUUUCAAUUAGAAAACCGAAAAUAUGUACCACUGUACAGUAUAUU